UGGUGGUGGAUUAUAGUAAUAAGGUGGCGGUGGAGAUGGAGUAGGUGGUGGUGGUGGAUUAUGGUAAUAAGGUGGCGGUGGAGGAUUAUGGUAAUAAGGUGGCGGUGGAGAUGAAGAAGGCGGUGGUGGAGGAUUAUGGUAAUAAGGUGGUGGUGGAGAUGGAGAAGGCGGCGGUGGUGGUGGUGGUAGUGGUGGAUGAUGGUAAUAAUUUGGCGGGGGAGGUGGAGAAGGCGGUGGUGGAGAUUUGUAAUAAUGUGGAGGAGGUGGUGAUGGUGAUGGAGGUGGAGGUGAUUUAUAAUAGUGAUGGCGUCGCGGAGGUGGUGGUGGAGGUGAUUUAUAAUAGUGAUGACGUCGUGGAGGCGGUCGUGGAGGUGAUUUAUAAUAGUGAUGGCGUCGCGGAGGUGGUGGUGGAGGUGAUUUAUAAUAGUGAUGACGUCGUGGAGGAGGUGGUGAUGGUGAUGGAGGUGGAGGUGAUUUAUAAUAGUGAUGACGUCGUGGAGGCGGUCGUGGAGGUGAUUUAUAAUAGUGAUGGCGUCGCGGAGGUGGUGGUGGAGGUGAUUUAUAAUAGUGAUGACGUCGUGGAGGAGGUGGUGGAGGCGAUUUAUAAUAGUAACGACGUCGCGGCGGAGGCGGCGGAGGCGGCGGAGGCGAUUUAUAAUAGUAAUGACGUCGUGGAGGAGGAGGCGGGGGUGAUUUAUAAUAGUAACGACGUCGUGGAGGAGGUGGUGGAGGCGAUCGUGGCCUAUAACGGUAUGACAAAGAUGAUGAAUCAUCAAUGUGAGGCUUAUAAUCAGCUGCUACACUAA